GACGCGUACCGUUUAUUUUUUGUGUAAUUCUACUAACGGAAAUUGGACCGGAUUUGACGAUUAUCCGCUUGAUCGCCAAGUUGAUCCACAAACUAUCUCUUUAAAUAAUUAAAACAAGCCAUGACCCAGUUCUCUGGUAGCAUUCUCAUCAAACCAAAACCAAGAUUGGCUUCAAAGUAUGAAUGAAAGAAGCCAACAACAACAAGGCCAGUCCGAGGCUUACGGGUAUUCUUCCAUCCCCGCCCCCGCUUCUAGUGUCACCGCCUCAGAAUUUCAAGGCCCGGCCCAACAAGAUAUCAUUAACACGACUGAGCAAUGGACCUUCGAUGAUGGAUACAACGAUCCUGACUUCGGGUACAUGGCUCCAUUACCGGAGGAGAACUUGGGAUACCAGUAUGGAUCCGAUACAUCCAGAGCAUCUCGUGAUCCAAAUAGUUUAGAACGAUCCUCCGUGACGGAAGAAUCUCUACUCGAUCUAUUGGAUGGUCCACAUGCACUUGACCAGGCUGCUCACAUAAGUAAAAAGGCGAAUCCCAAACAGAUACCAGAAGCUCUUAAAUACUUAGCCCCGGUGCCUGUACAGGCACAUGUUUCUCAUCAGUCUAAUAAUACACAAUCGACGCUCGCUCACUCGUCCCCGCCUUAUGAUGUGUUACCUCUUCGACAAGGUCCCCAAGAUUACCACUAUCCUCAUCAACAAAUUCAACAUGCACAGUCAGUAUCUUCUUAUACAAGUAGAUAGAUGCUGGCUAACAUCUUUAUGAAGACCAAUUCCUUAUCAACCUCCUGCCAAACACUCCACUACUACCGCAGAUAUAAAGAACCCAUUUCUUUAUGGGAAUGUUGAUGUAUUUUCGGAACCAUUAGAAAUUGCAAUAGGUCCUGUGCCACUUGCCUCGUCCUUCAAAGGAAAAAGGAAACAGGCUUUCAGCCCUUCUCCGUCUCCUGAGCCUCAUCUACCACGCCCUAGAAGGACUGCAAAAGCCAAACGUCGACGUCAACAUACCCCUGCUACUCUCUCACACGCUUCAUUUAGCUCCGAAUGGUGGGAAAGUGAUGCUUCGCUUUGCUGGAGAUGUCGUAAACACAAUUCUAAUGUAUGUUAUAUCUCUUUUGCAGUUCCCUAUUUAUCGAUAGCAAAGGAAUCCCCGUUAUGAACCGACAACUGACUUUACCACACAAUAGCACUUAAUAUCAGGAUUCUGUGAUUCUUGUAUCCGGGUAUCAAACUUCAAUAUUUCUCCAAGUACCCAAGGAACGAGAACGGAAAACUUAGAAAGCUUGGUCUUAUAUCUGCUACCAUGUUCGGCUCUCCUUUCAUUCAUUUUUAAUAUAUGCAGAACCUAAUCAUGUCUUAGCACAUAUGGAAGAAAACCUCCGCGCUAUUCCUCGAGAUACACCGAAGACCAAAACCUGGCGCAUGUUCUCGGCUGAGAGGGCCGAAAAAGCCUUCGAUCACGAUUUUGACAAUGCCGUCUUUAGAGAUCAUUUCGUGUUGGCACAAGAACAGGCUCGUUCAACUGGUGUUUUCGACGAAAAAUACUCAGAUCUAAUGGUCAUCGCUCAAACAUACCAAGAAUCUAUUCUCCAACCUGUGAGUACUUUUGUUCAUCAUACAAAAAUUGUUCGUAGAAAGUUACCAAAGGCGUCGUUUCUAAUACAACUGAACACAGAACAAAUCUCUUGAAGCCUCUUGCAGAAUUUUGAUCGAAUGCUGCGAACUAUAUAAAUGCUUUAUCACAACUACUGUGCCCGCACCACCCAUUCCAGUUCUCAGCCUCCUCGAAAAAAUUCGCACUACGCGUAGUACGAUGCGUAGAGCCUUCAAAGAAUAUCAGGCACUCGCGCUCGCUCCCUCAGACUUUCGAUCUCGCCGCGAUUGGCUACCUUCAUUCCUCUCGGCAUGUUCACUUGCAAUAUCAGCAGUCGUGUUUAUAGAUAUGAUGGUAGCCAUCCCAUCGCCCUAUAAAGAGAGAAUAUGGGGUACGUCAUGGCAACAGAGGAUAACUGAGAUAAGGCAUGGAGGAUAUGGAAUGAUGUUGGAGGUAUUGAAAGCGAAUACGAAGAAUGUCAACCCACUGGAAUUAAGUUGUUGGAAUCUGGAUACCGGAAUCGACACGAGCUUCCAGACAAUAAACAACAAUACGUAUGAUCCUUUUGGCGGAAAUCAACACUUAAACGCACACUACAGCACCGGAUAUGCUUUGGAUCCUUACUCCCACAACCAAUUUUCCUAUGGUCUCGCUACACCCAUAUCACAAGACUUUGCUCCAGACAUUUUAUACGCAAAUAUCAAUUAUGAUCAGACAUACUAUGAUAGCUGGCAACAAAUGCAAAUGCAGAUGCAACAACAAGCAAAAGCAGAAGAGGAAAGGAGAAUUUUGCUGGGUGAUAAUUCACCAGAAGCAUUGCAGGGAAUGAUGGCUGUGAAAUCGUGGCAAAUCAAAAAUUUUCAACAUUUGAAGUUGGGAGAGGAUAUUUUUAAGAAGGAUUUAUAUCGACAGGCGACUAUUAAUCCAAUUGCUGGUUUGUGGAGGAUUUUCGAUAUGAAGUGAGGGUUGAGAUGAGGGGUGUGAAUGAGGUGCGAUUUGGAGUGAGAGAAUAAAGAGGUGGAAGGAGAAUUUAUAAUUUAUUAACUUUAAUAAUUGCAGGUUGAUUGGUCGAGGGAAAUCCAGAGCGUUGAAAUGGAUGGAUUGGGCCUCAGCGUUUACUCGUUCGUUCGUUUCUCUAUCAGGUCCAGCGGAAUAUCCAUUAUUGUUUUAAAUACCUAGUAAAUACGCUAAUCUAACUUUCAUAUUAC